AUGACACUCCAACAUCUUCUCCAAGAGAUGCAGUCCAUGGGAGCACUGCUAGCCAGCAGAGCCAUGCUUCACAACUCCAGCCACAGGGAAGAUAAGACCUGGAGGGUACAGGGCAGGGACAGGGAAGAGGUAUGGGGAGGGGGAGCCCUGGCCCCCAAUACCUCCUCCCCAUUCCCUCCUGAGCCUCCAGGGGCCUCAGGCAGCAUUAUCCCUGUCUACUGUGCCCUCCUGGCCACUGUGGUCCUCGGUCUGCUCGCCUACGUGGCCUUCAAGUGCUGGCGCUCCCAUAAACAAAGACAGCAGUUGGCCAAAGCUCGGACUGCAGAGCUGGGGACCUUCGACAGGGACCAGAGGCACGGAGACAGCAUUGUUUUCCUGGACAAUCCUAGCGGUCAGGAGCCCUGCGCCCCCAGUCAGGGGCCACAUCCUGAGCUUGGCUGCCGCCUCUACCUUCACCUCCCUCAGCAGCAGCAGGAGGAAGUGGAGCGGCUCCUGGAAGUCUCAGACGAACCUGACAAGGGCUGGCAGGGUCUGGCGGGCCGCCUGGGCUACCAGACUGAUGCUGUGGAGGUCAUGGCCCAGGACCAGGUGCCAGCCUACACCCUGCUGAGGGACUGGGCUGUCAAAGAAGGCAGCGGUGCCACUCUCGGGGUGCUAGAGGACGCCCUGGCUGCCAUGGGCCGCGAAGACGUGGUCCGGGUUCUGCGCCCCCCAGCUGAGGGCUGCUCUGUGGUGUGA